AUGCUUCGCCACUCCAAGCAGGAGCAGCAGAUGUGCCGCAAGUUGCCAGGUGUGGAUAUAGGCUAUGUAUGUCAGCAACACGAAGGUCGGUGUGUUAUAUGUGAUCUUCAGUUCGACGAAGUGUUGCCAACCAUGCGGGAAGUCCGUAUCUGUAGUGACUGUGGUUUUGGCCGCGAGGGAGACGAGCGUUGCGUAAUGUGUAACGCAAGCAAACCAACAGAAGUGGCUUAUUAUUGCCAGUACUGCGUUGCCCUGGAGAAGGACCGUGAUGGCUGCCCACGUGUGCUGAACCAGUCAAGGCAUCAGCGCAUAGCGACGGUACGCACACGCUAA